UAGGGUCCCUCGAAAGGAGGGACGACCUACGAAGGACACUUGAGAAAAAAGGCCAAGGAACGGAAAAUAGAAAAAAAAAUGGAAUUCCAGGAUCACGCUUACACCAGCACCACUUAUGAUAAAGUCAGCCCUGUGGAGUUUACAUAUAAAAUGAGUUCAAAGGAAAUCGAAGACUUUGUGAAGCUGAGGGUCUCAAAUAAUUACCUCUUCUCUGGAAGAAGAAAUACUUCCAUGUGGGCAUGGAGGGCCAUCCUCAAACAUAUGGGAUUGCAACACAAGAUGACCCAUUGUCAAGCAUCCAAAAAAUGGGAAAACAUGAAGAAGAGGUACAAGGAGCUAAAGAACCCUCCAGAUGGGGUGAAAGUCUUCCCUGAAACGUGGCCUCAUUUCCCGCUGAUGGACGAUGCUAUAGAGGGUCGGCUGGAAUGCAGUGCCCCCAUCCUCAAGGCUUUCCCCAGCGAUAAAGACAACGGUGAUUUCUUACCCAUCUCCAAACCUAAGAAGAGGAAGGUGAUAUCCUCCUCUACAGCUUUGGUAGCGGAAGGGCCGGAGAUCGAGGUUUCAUUGAACGGAGAUGAGGAUAGAGAGGAAGAGGUGCUGCAGGGGGGAAGUCAGGUCAUAGAUCACAUCAUGCAAGAGGUGGAGGACGAGAAGAAUGUGUUGGAAAAGGAGAAACAGGUGAUGGAGAGGGAUCGGCUGGUACUGCAGAGGGAGAGGUCAGUGCUGGAUCGGGAGGUGGCCGCUUUGGACCGAGACCGAGCCUUGCUGGAGAGAGAGAGGGCGACAAUAGAGCGGGAGAAGGCGGUGAUGGAGAGGGAGCGGGCGAUGGUGGACAAGGACAGAGAUGCUGUGCGCAGGGACCGACUUGCUCUGGAGCGAGAGAAAGCCAGGCUGGAGAGACUUUUUGCAACAAAAGAAAGGACUGAGGAGGACAUAGAAGAGGGCAGCAAGGUGAAAGACGCACAUGUCCUGGACAGGAAGGAACGGUUCCUUUAUCUGUUUGAAAAACUUAUUGAAAAUUUUUGAGAGAAUCACAAAACAGUUCUAUGCAUUUCUGAGACGUUUUUACCCCGGCUGCAUCUCUAUAUACCGUAGUUCAAAAUCCACAAUAUACUUACACCUGUAAGUUGUCAAUGAAAACGUUGAGCCACUCCUAGUUCAGAGAGGUCUUCAAAACAACUUUAUUCACUUGUGGUUAUUCCAUACAGAGCACACAAUAGCAAGCUAUUAGCAUUAUUCUAAACCCCAUCCACAAUCAAAAUCAACAACCCCCCUCCCAAAUCAAACAAUAGUCUUUAGUUGAUUGACUCUCGACAUUAGAGUCUUUGGUAUAGGCUAUUGUGCACCGUUAAAACAUCACUUUUUGAAAUGUUAUAUACCAAAUAUUGCAGUUCAUGUAAAAAAUCUUUUUUUUUUUUCAGAAUAUAUAUUUUUAUAUUACAGUACAGACUUUACAACAAAUGAUUGUGUUUAAAUGCGUCUUUUAUUGCAUUAGAUACUCAGUUUACCUUUCGUUAAGCUCCAGCUUCAAUAACUUUAUGCAAGUAUACAUUUCCAAAAAUGUUAGAAUCGUCAUUAAUAUUAAUAUUAUUUUUUAUUUUUACAAAACAAACAUCUUUAAACAAUAUUACUGGUUGUUUUUUGCCAGUCUUGAACAGACACUAAACAGAAACAUAAAUGUUGUUUGAGGGCUUUUAAUAAACUGAUUUCUCCGAAUGCCACCUAUUGUUUGCACUUAAGUUGCGGAACAGUUUAGCUUUUGACAAAGUUCGUGUGUGUGUAUGUGUGUGUAUUUAUGUGUGUGUGUACAUGCAUUGUUGUUGUUGGGGAAGGAAUAAGACGGUCGAGACGGUUUCAGUGUGUGUGUGUUUUUGUGUUAUACCUGGCAUAGAAAUCUGAACAACAGGAAGGAAA